CGCGCCUGCGCACUCUCGGUCGCCAUGGCCUCCUGUUGGUGUCGGCUGUUCCUCCGGAGCCGGAUCGGGAACCGCUGCUAUUCGCAGACAGCGGCCCGUCACACGGAUUCCGCGUCACCCCCUCAGGACAUUAUCUACACUCAGGAGCAUUACAGCCUGAGGGACUCCCUCCGGAAGAUCAUUGAGAAGAAAAUUAUUCCCUUUGUUGAUAAAUGGGAAGAAGCAAGGGCAUUCCCAGCCCAUACAAUCUUCAAAAUUCUUGGACAGGCUGGCUUCCUGGGUGUUAACAAACCAAUAGAAUGUGGAGGGCUUGGUUUGGAUUUCAGCUACAAUAUAGCAGUAGCAGAAGAACUGGGAAACAUACCAUGUGGUGGGAUUCCCAUGGCAAUCGGCGUCCAGAGUGAUAUGGCUACACCAGCUCUAACCAGAUUUGGUUCCGAUGAACUGAAACGUCAGUUCCUCACACCUACCAUUGCUGGGGACAUGGUAGCCUGUUUAGGAGUCAGUGAAGUUGAAGCUGGAUCGGAUGUUGCAAAUAUCAAGACCAAAGCUGUGAAGCAUGGAGAUGACUACAUAAUAAAUGGAGGGAAGAUGUGGAUAACUAAUGGUUGUCAAGCUGACUGGAUGUGUCUUUUAGCAAACACUAGUGAUGGGCCUCUUCACAAAAGCAAGUCUCUCAUAUGUCUGCCGAUGAAAUUACCAGGAGUCCAUGUGGCUAAAAAGAUUGAUAAAUUGGGCAUGUGGUCCUCAGAUACAGCACAGAUCUUUUUUGAAGAUGUUAGGGUUCCAAGAAAAUAUCUCAUCGGCGAAGAAGGAAUGGGUUUCACCUACCAGAUGUUGCAAUUCCAGGAAGAGCGCAUGUGGGCAGUUGCAGCAAUGCUGGCUCCACUGCAAAACAUCAUACAGGAAACUAUCGAAUAUACACGCCAACGUAAGGUCUUUGGUCAACCAGUCUUGCACAACCAGACAGUACACUUCCGCCUUGCUGAACUUGAAACUGAGGUUGAACUUGUUCGUUCGCUCCUUUAUCGUUGUGUUGCUCAGUAUAUUCAAGGAAAUGAUACAACAAAAUUGGCCUCUAUGGCAAAAUUGAAGGCAGCCCGCCUAAUUCGUGAGGUAACUGAUAGCUGUCUUCAAUUCUGGGGAGGAAUGGGUUUUACUAAUGAAGUGCUGGUCAGUAGACUGUACAGGGAUAUGAGGUUGAUGUCAAUAGGAGCUGGUGCAGAUGAAGUGAUGCUGUCCAUCAUAUGCAAGUACAUGGGGACCAUUCCUGGAAAAAACUGAUUCAUAUAAUAGCAAACUCAUCAACAGGGACAAGAACAAAACUGUAAUCUAUUGCAUUAAUUGCUGAUGGUGCUUUCGACUAUAUGUUUCACAGUGCCAUUUUGUAAUAUAAUUUUUUUGUCUUGGAGAAAUGUAAUUGUCAGCAUAAUCUUUCACUUCAGAAUGGAGAAGUAUUUUGGAAAUUCAAAAAUCAAUCAUUUUUAUUUUUUAUUUAACUGAAAUAACAUCACAUUUAAAGAAUUGAAAAGAUUGUGGGAGUACUUUGAGCUGAAAGUACUCACACACGGUUUCCAAUAUUUUAUUUCUAAUUUGAUACUGAAGUUGAGAAAAAUAUUACUGAGGAAAGAAAAAGAUCUCCCUACAGUAGAGCAGUCUGAAGAAUUACAAUAGUUGUUUUUUAAAAUUACGAAAUGUUUGGAAACAAUAGUUUAAAAAAAAUGCUUCUGAUUGGAUGUCAUCUACUUCAAAUUGCCAUUGUGCAGAAACUUAAAGUAUGGGAUGCUUUAUUACAAUACGGCAGACAUAGAUAAAUAUUUGAAGCAAAUUAAAAUUCAGUACUGGAAGACAUUAGUUGUGGAUUUCUUUAAUAAGAGCUUGCAAGUGACAGUGGACUACUUGUCCCCAUAUGUCAUAAAGCUAUAUGAUCUAAUGUUACCCAUCACAAAAUAUGUGGAAUUUUGUUGUGUUAUAGUCUUGCAGCGCUUUGUCUCCUUCUAUUUAAACUCUGAUAGAAGUUCAAGAGACCUUGAAUGCACCAGACUAACUUUAUUCACUUUACUGUUUACAAACCUUGGGGAAAGACUCACUGCUGCUGAAUUUGAUAGUUUUAGGGAAGUGGAUAGAAUGAUUCUGAAAUGAAUAUAACGUGAGGUAGAUGAGCAGCAAUGGAAUUGUGGAUCUAUUUGACACUAGAAAAUGGCGCAAUUUUCAUGACAAGUAUAAAGAUAACUAGUAAGGCAAAGUGGUGGAAAAAGCUUUAAGAGGAAAUACUUAUCUCACACUUUAAUAUAACAUAAAUCGAUUUUCAAACUUGACAGCUUUUUUGAAACCCAUUGUUCAGACGUAAAACUCUGGAUUCCAUGCCUCAAAUUUUGUUGCCACAUUUCUUUGAAGAUCUUUCAUUAAACUAAAUUCUAGCAGCUAGGCAAGAUAAUAAGAAAAAUAAAUUGAUAAAAAGAAAUUUUGAGUACAGUGGGAGCAAAAAACUUGAAUCAUCUGUAAACAGUACUUUUGGUUACUUACCAUAAUUGGCAAGUUUUCCAUUAAUAGCUUAGAUUAUUACACAAACGUCUUGGAGCAGGCUAAUCUAAUGGGGUUUUGAGUCUGAUUUUGGGGUGUCAUUACAUAUUCUGAUCUUAUGUAAUGUGGCUCACUGCCAUCAAUUGUACAUCAAAUUGUAUUUGUGUUAAUAAAUUUGUAUAAAUAAUGGAUCAACUGUGAUAUAUUAAUGAACAAAUACUGUAAAAGCAGUGGUGAAUGGAACCUUUGCCAUGCAAGCAUAAGAUGAUAAAUAUAUGCACAAUAAAAUCUUCUUUACAUUAUCCCUCAUUCUACUCUUCCCUGGUGUAGGCAGCAAUAAAUAAAUCUCCGUCAUUGAUCUAA